CGCAAGCGUACCAGCCAGGCUUCCGUCCUCAUUCUCCAGCCGGGGAUCGCACUUUGGCUUCCCAGCUUUGACACAGCGUCACUUGUGAAACAACAGAGAAGGAAAAAGAGACGCACUCGGGCCAAACCCCAUCCGCACCAGCAGGAGAAGAUGUCCGAGCCAAACAAGUACCGAGAGUGGAUCCUGGAAACAAUCGACUCUCUCCGCUCGAGAAAAGCCCGUCCGGAUCUGGAGAGGAUCUGUCGAAUGGUCCGGAGACGACACGGGUCAGACCCGGACCGAACCAGGACAGAACUGGAAAAACUGAUUCAAGAGCAGACGGUGCUCAAAGUUAGCUACAAGGGGUCCAUAUCGUACCGAAACGCGGCGAAGGUGCAGAGGAAAAGCAGAAAGAAGAGUGAGUUUACGGCCGCUGGCAGCAGCAGCAGCGCGGAGGCAGCGAGGGAGCGGACCAAACACGAUCAUCUGAACAACAACGGCGACAGUGCGCACAGCUUCACGGACCAGGAGGAGGCAGAGGAGGACUCGGAGCCCAGCCCAGAUCCACACACUCAAACAUCAGGCAGCACCACCGGCAAAAAGCUCAAGCCUGCCUCCAGCCCGAGUAGCGGAAACGGGUGCCUCAGUUGUGGCGCAACAACGGGCUGUGCUGUCGGGAGCGGCUGUAAAGAGGAGAAAGCGAGUGCACCGAGAGACAAGGGAUUGGGACAGCAGGCGGCGGGGGACUGCCCGUCGCCCGGUUUCGGCCACAGGACAGGCGCACACAGCGGGGCUGACGGCGGCAGGACGGCUCAGAGCAAAGCCGGUGCAGUUAGCGCAGAAAAGGAGUGUGCUGUGUCCCGGGCUGACACGCAGAGCAAAACUUGCCCUGGGAGUGUCAGCAGUGUUCAUCAGAAUCAAAGGCAGAAGCAGUCUGUUCCCCUCAAGCCCAAACUUCGAGUCGGAGGAGGGAGCACCAAAACAACGGGGAACCACGCUAACUCGGACCUGGGCGACAGAUUAGUCGCUUCUGUUCGCAGCCUGUCCGAGAAGAGCCUCCGAGGGGGCUCAGCCACUGUGACCAGAGGCCACAUGAAGCCGCUUGGGCUGAAGGAGAUCCUGGGCUAUCUGAGCAGCCAGGAACGGCUGUCGGAGGAAAAGCUGACCCGAGGCAAAGUCAAAGUGGUCAUGGAGAGAGAGGUGGCGAGGGGCAGGCUGCGCAGGACCCGCUGCGGGAACAUUACUCUCCCUCUGAGGGGGGUGGUGGUAGAGGAACCGAUGCCGAAGAAUGCGUCCGCUGACAGACUUGCAAAGAGCGCACUGCAGGACAAACACGCUGUGAAAAAGCCGCCGUCACCCUCUCUCCAGGAGAAUGAGCCGAUGGAAACAGCCAAUGAAGAAGAGGAACGGGAAGACAACGAGGAAGAAGAGGAGGAGGAGGAUACUCGGAGUUCUGAGGAGGAGGGCGGACUAUCCCCGGUAGCCAUGACAACCGAACCAGUGCUCAUUGAGAAAAUCAGAGAAGAUGCUGAGAUCCAGAAAGCAUCAAAGCAGGAGAGCCCCCAGCAGGAGCAGCAGGAGGGAGGCAAAGGUUUGCCGGUGCUUGAUUUCAUCCCCGACACACCAGUUCAGGGAGCCUCGCAGUCACAGAGUAAUGGUCCAGUCAUGGAAGAGAGAGCUGGUUCCCCUGAUCAGAUACCAAUGGAGGUGCAAGUGAGUAAUCAGACACAGCAUGAUGAAAUAAACCACAGCUCCUCAGACUUUAACAAUUUGGAGUGCAAGACAGAGGUUGGUGUGUCGUCCUGCCUGCUAACACCCACAGCCUCCCCGAGAGACUCCAGCCGAUCUGAAGAACGAGGGAUAACCAUUAGCAGUGGAGUGCUCGUGAAGUCUGAGGGCGUCAAUGGGAGCCCAGUAAACUGGACAGUGUCAGAUGUUGUCAGUUAUUUCACAGCAGCGGGUUUCCCUGAGCAGGCUGCUGCGUUCAGGACCCAGGAAAUCGAUGGAAAGUCACUUCUCCUCAUGCAGCGUAAUGAUGUUUUGACUGGCCUGUCAAUCAGACUUGGCCCCGCCCUCAAGAUCUAUGAACGUCAUACAGAAGAUGUUGAAAAGGACAGCAAAGAAAUUAGAGGUUGACCGGAUUUGAGACAUUCCCAAAGCUGAAGUAGGCUGAUGAUGGCUGGCAUGAUGAACCUUUAUAUUGUUCUCUAUGUUUAAAACAAAACCUGUGCAGGGUUAUUGAAAUUUUGGAAAUGGUUGCUGGUCAAAGCAAUAAACUGACUAAGAUGUUUGAGAGGCUUUUGGACCAUGUCAGCUUAUCAGCUGGUUGAUUUUGUGUAACUUAAUAUCUCAUAUGGAAAAAGUAUUUUUUAAAUCUGCUUAGGGCUAUGCAUCACCACCUUAUAUGCUGGUUUUACAGAGAUACACUUUGAUAUGUGCUUUACAUCAGACUUUACUUCUUUAAUAGACACCUAAAAUCGCAUGUCACACAGAACUGUUUAACUGUCUUAUGUAGGUCCAGUUUUAUAGAAAUUAUGAGUAAGCUGAGAGCUUUUUUCCUAAACAAACUAAAUGGAUCGAUCUACUGGGAGUGAUCCGCUCAUCAGUGAUGAUUUACACAAAGAGUGUAAUUUUUAAGCGUAUUUAAAAGUGUUUAAGUGUAUCUUUAGUUAUCAUGACAUCUUGGACCAGAGUUAAGAUGUUGUGAUUUCUUGAAGACAGUUCAUCCUCAAAUCCAAUUAAAGGGAACUAUUUAGUACUUUAUUACUAAAAGAGAUAUUGCAGCUCAGCUGAGGGGGAUAAUAGUCACUCUUUUUGUAGUCACAUUGAAAAGAUUGAUGGAUGUAGCUCAGUAGAAAGAAACUUGUUCCUAACAGAAACUGCUCACCCAAAAGCAAAGUGAUUGGAUUUUUUUUUUGUUAUUUUCACUGAGUCACUGCUGAAUUAUUCCAAAUGAAUGAAAUUUGGACUCUGGACGCCUCCUCACUGAUUUUAGAUCAAGAAAUCAAGACAUGAUUGAAGUGCAGGCCUUCAGCUUUAACAAACAAAUUGUAAUAAUAGCUAUUUUUGUACAUAGUCCUCAGUUUCCAGAGGCUAAAAAGUAAUUGGACAACUGACUGACAGGCACCUCUAUGAUGAUGCUGUUAUCUUCGUUAUUUCAUGACAAAGUAAAAGUAUCUUGUAAAAGACAGAAAGUAUCUAAAGGAGCCUGCACAGUUCUGAAGAAAUAUUGCAAAGAAAAACCAGAAUGAUGGAGACAGAAACAUACCAUACCACAUCAUACGUCAAACAUGGUGAAGGCAUGUAAUGGUACGGACAUGUGUGGCUGCCAACACAACUGGACCUCUAGUGUUUAUUAAUAUUGUGAUUGCUGAUAGAAGUGGCAGAAUUAGUUCUAAAGUGUGCGAGGCAUUGAGGUUCAGGUUCAGCCAAAAGUUCGAAACUGAUCCAAGAACCAUUCAAUUUGAUGGAUAGUGGAUAGUGAGUCAAAGUGCAGGGCAAAAGCUGCCCAAGAGUUUCUCAAGGUAAAGAAAUGUGAGAUUCCUCAAUGGCUAAGACAGUCACCUGACAUGUUUUUAGUUAUUAAAUAUAAAAAUGGUGGCAGAAAGACCCACAAAGAGCAACUGAAGGAGCAACAGUAAAGUCCUGGCAGAGCAUCUGAAGGAGUAAAUGCAGCAUUUGAUGAUGUCAGUUUUCAUCCAAAUAUUAAAACACAUCUUCGAUUUAUUUUGCUUUUUCAGGCUAAUGAUAGCUUACUUCACUUGCAUCAACACCGCUUUGGACCUCAUUGAGAAUUAAAUGCAAUCCUUUCAGGGGCUUUUAUCAGCUGUAUUUAUCAUGGAAUAAUAAGGGAACAGACCUCAUCUGAUCACAAUCAUACUUUUUAGCCUGCAGUAGGCAUUUGGUAAUGUCCAAGGGUUCUAGACUUCAAGGUUUCCAGCAAAAGUAGUUUAAUUAAUCCUUAUUUUUAAAUUUUUCUUAUUCAGUUACUUUUGAGCCUCUAAAAUCAGGGGCUUUGUAUAACAAUGUGUGCGAAACAGUUAAUACAAUACUUUUGUUAAAACACCUCAAAUGGAAGUCUGCACUUGAGUCAUAUCUUCAAUGCUUGAUUUAAAAUCUUCUGUGGUGGUGUGCAGCUCUCUAACUGUUCCCAAUAUUCAUCCAAAUAUUUAUGGUUUUAGACACCAGAGAAAAAAAUAUUUCAAUUCGAUUUCUGUAUGAGCUUCCUCUUUAAUAUGACAGCAUAUGUCAGAUCAUCAUGAA